AUGUCUCAACCUGUCGCCUCAAAGGCUCGUGUCAUUAAGAUCCUCAACCGAAUUGGAGCCCGUGGCAUACUAACGGAAGUCCGAGUGCAGUUGGUCGAUCAACCCAGGAUGCAAUUUAUGCGAACUGUCAAGGGACCUGUGAGACUUGGAGACAUUGUGGAUUUCGAAGAUACCGAAAUAACUUGGCAGUCUUCAAGCAAGAGCAACAGCAACUUUGGUGAUAUUUGCUAAAACUUUGGUUCAGAAAAUGGAAUCUGGAGUCUUAAUCAGUUACUUCAAAAGAGUUACAAUUAAAAAAAUCAAGAAAAUCCAAAUCUUUAUCACAACCAAAAAGAUUAUAAAUUUGUUUUGCCAUUAUAAUUUAAUGAUCUCGAAGUUACCACAAUAAAUUUUGAAUUGAAAUGGUUAUUACCCGAA